AUUUUUACUUCAAUAUUGCAUCCUCCAGAUUUAAUUACCAUGUAGUCCGUUUUUCGACAUACUGCAUCGUCACACAGUUUUAGAAAUUAAAAAAGAAGACAUUAUGACCUUUCGAUCACUCAUCCAUUCACCGACCGGUCAGUCGCAACCAAUCUUGUUCAUUCGUUUUUCGUGUGCAGCAUCGUCAACAUCGUAUCCUGGUAUAUCUGAUAGUGAAUUAUAACUACACAUUAAAAACCGUACGAGACAUGGGAAAACGUAAACAUAAACAUAAUGAUAAGGAUAUUCGUCGCAAGAUUCAACGUUUGGAGGAUAAAUUGCGAUACAAUAGGCGCAAAGAUUUGGAUCGAAGAUCUGACUGCUCGACGUCAGGCUCAUCACAAAACUCUUACUAUGAUAGACAAUCUCCAGAUGUCGAAGAUGUUGAGGGCAGAAAUAGCGAGUAUGGCGAAGACUGGAUGCUUCGUGAAGAAGCCUUCAUGGAUGAUGAGAUUCAUGACAGUACUCGCAGCUUGGCAUCUCAGGUGCAACCAGUGGUGAACAGCCCUAUAGCGAGCCCCUUGCCUCGGAUCGCAGCGGCGCCAGCGCCAGCGCCAUCUUUGCCGCUAAUACCUACCGUACCAGCGCCGGACCAUGCCGCCUCGGUUCAAACUAACCCCGCUCAGUCUGUACUACCCACAGAAAUAGAUAAAUCUACAACCACACUCCCGCAAGAGAUCUUAUGUCUACUGGGAGAGGCAAAAAAGCUAGAUGAACCACUCGGUGAGUGUAUUCCUGAUGAGCUCUCUGAACGCUGGGGGAAAAUAUUAACGGACGGGCUGGCCAAGGACGUGAAGCAGUCCCUCGUGGAUAAAAUACUGAUGCCUAGUAAUUUUUUACUAGCUCGCGCGCCUAAGUUAAAUCCGGAGGUGGCAGCAGUAAUUAAUGAAUCAGCAAAAAAUCGUGACAUACGUUUAGAAAAAGCUCAAAAUCAACUGGGCCGGGGCAUCGCUGGACUUGCCAAUUUAGCAAAUGAUCUUAUAAAAUCAGAGUUGGAUAAACUUGAUAUAUUAUGUGAACACGAGUCCAUAGACCAAUACGUCUUUGAGUUGAGAAAGUUGGCUCAGUCGUGCGAGUUUGGUAACUUAAACGACGGAUUAAUAAAGGAUAGACUCGUAUGUGGAAUCGUGAGCGCAGCGAUUAGAGAGCGACUGUUACGCGAAGACGACCUAACGCUAAAUAAAGCGUUAGAAAUAUGUCGGGCUGCUAUAGUGUCGAAAAUGUAUUCGGAGGACAUUAAACGCGAGUGUACUAGUGAGACAAAAGGUAACGAAGUGUGUGCGGUAGCUAACAAAGAAGUGUACGAGUUGAAUCGGUCAGGUGCGAAAGUCGAAGCAAAAUCGAGUCGUGGUAUGAGUUCCGGACGAGGAUGGCGCGGGCGCGGAGGGGCGCAUGGCGCGGGGCGCAGUGGCGCGCCGGGCGCUGCAGGCCCGGCCGGCGCUCAGCACCGCGCGCCGUACGCAUAUCGCGGAGGGCGGUGCGGUCAGUGCGGCGGCGUGCACAAAAAGUACGAUUGUCCGGCGUAUGGCAGGAGCUGCAUGAAAUGUUCCAGACCAAAUCAUUUUGCCAGGAUGUGCAGGGUGUACAUGGUGGAAGAGUCUGAGGACCAGCGUUAUACUUUUAAAUUGGUAUAUAAGCCGGGUAAACAUCUGUAUAUAGCGGAUACGCUGUCGCGCGCAUACGAGCCGAGCGCGAGCGUCGAGCAUGCUGGCCGCGAGGCGCUGCACGACGAGGUGUGUGCUGUGGAGCGAGCGCUGGCCGGGGUCGCCAACGACCACUUCACCGACCACCAGUUUGUCGCGCUACAAAAACAAACUGACACCGACGACGAACUGGUGCAGUUAAGAAAAUGUAUUUUAAAAGGGUGGCCCGAUGAUAGGAAAGAUUUAGUAGACGUAUUAAGGCCUUAUUGGACUUAUAGGGAUGAGAUAACUGUGGCACAAGGGCAUAUUAUAAGAGACUCGCCGCACAGAAAUGACGCGCCUGAUUUGGACCUACUCUUUGAUUUAGAUGACGUAAUGCCGUCCCCGUCAUCAAGCGCCACCCCGCGCUUUAAAAUCUCGGAAGUUACCCAAGUCCUGCUAGACCUUCAUUAUGAAGAAUCAAUCAACAGGAAUAAACUCCUAGUUCCGUUGUUAGAUAAGAAGUUCUGGAGUACAAUAAAAGGGGUUAAAAGAGACGAAUACCUUUUCGGUGAAAAACUGGGCGAUAAAAUCAAAAACUCUAAAGAUAUAGAAAAAUCGGGCCAACAGAUUAAAAAAUCCUUCACAUUUAACCCGGCGUUCCAGCAUCGUAAGCAAGCGGCGCAGCCGGGAAACGCGAGAGCUCCUCCUCGCCAAUACAAGCCGAAAGCAACACCAGCACCGACGACGGGCAGAUACUACGAGCCUCAGUCCUCGACGUCGGCGAGGAGGACGACUUCGAGCCAGCGUCGCGGGCGUCACUACUCGAGCAGCAAAGCGAACGACCGGAGCCGCCGUUAGAGGUACCGCAUGCCGGGCGCAUACAAUAUUAUUAUAAUAAUUGGUUAUUAGUCACCGACGAUCCGUCGGUAUUAUCUAUUGUACAAGGAUAUAAAAUUCCAAUUGCCUUGCCGAUUUCACAAAGCACCGAACCCAAUAACCCUC